GCCUCCCAGCCGAGAUGGGCGGGGACUAUCGGCAACACCCAGACCGCCGAGAAAACUAUAGGGACAGUUUACAGGGAUCAUCCACGUGAGCAGUAUGAUAGACCUUUUGAUAGACGUGAUGGACAGCGGGAUUCACAGCCAGUGUUUUCCUCGCAGUUCAAAAGUAAGCUACCUCCAAGAUUCCAGAAACAACAACAGCAACAAGAGAUGAUGCGUGCUGGUGGGGGUGGCCAACCUUUUCGUGGACAAAAUUCACAGGCAGCUCCAUUAUUUGAACCACGCUUUGGUUCAAGCGCAGGAGGACGGUUUAUGAAUCGGGAUAAUGAAAGUAAAGAGAGAAGAAUGAGGACAGACAGUGAUACCUCUGGGGAAAUUACAGAUGAGAGGCCAGCAAGUGGACUUUCAGCAGAACGUCACAGAGAUGAUAGAGAGGAAAGGCUGGAUCGCCCAGACCAGAGAGACUAUAGAUAUGAUCGAUCUGAUAGAAACGAUAGGUCAGAGCGCCUAGACAGGAUUGAGAGAUCUGAAAGAUCUGACCGCCCAGAUCGCUCAGAGCGCAUUGACCGACCUGAUCGCUCAGAGAGAAUUGACCGAGCAGACCGUGGAGAGAGAAUUGAUAGGCCAGAUCGCUCGGAAAGAAUUGACAGGCCAGAUCGUUCAGAACGCAUUGACAGACCUGAGCGAGUAGAGAGACCAGAAAGGGUUGACUCUCGAGGCAGGGAUGAAUUCUAUGAUAGACCAGAUAGAGAUGGGAGGUAUCGCGGCCGAGGCUCCCAAGGAAAUUAUAGGAUUCGGGACCGCGACCGUGAUCGCGACCGGGACCGGGACCGUGAUUGUGGGCACGAACUUCCUAUUAUGAAAAGUAUGAGGAACGUCUUGAGCCGCGAGACUUGGAUUAUGAUAGACGGCGAAACAUGAAUGGUGAAGAUUGGAACAACCGAGGCAGAGACUUUGAAAGGGAAGGAAGCAAGGGCCGUAAAGUCUUUGAUGAUAGAAUGA